AUGAUAAUUGAUACAACAGAAAUAGAAGCUAUCUAUUCUUUUUCCAAAUUUGAAUCCUUAAAAGAAGGAUAUGAAAUUAUAUGGAUGCUUGUUCCUAUUUUCACUCUUGUGUUAGGAAUCACACUGGGUGUACUAGUAAUUGUUUGGUUAGAAAGAGAAAUAUCUGCGGGAAUACAACAACGUAUUGGACCCGAAUACGCCGGACCUUUGGGAAUUCUUCAAGCUCUAGCAGACGGUACAAAACUCCUUUUUAAGGAGAAUCUUCUUCCAUCUCGGGGAGAUACUCGUUUAUUUAGUAUGGGACCAGGUAUAGCAGUCAUAUCCAUUUUACUAAGUUAUUUAGUAAUUCCUUUUAGCUAUCAUUUUAUUCUAACUGAUCUUAGUAUUGGUGUUUUUUUAUGGAUCGCCGUUUCAAGUCUUGCUCCUGUUGGACUUCUAAUGUCGGGGUAUGGAUCAAAUAAUAAAUAUUCUUUUUUAGGUGGGUUAAGGGCUGCUGCUCAAUCAAUUAGUUAUGAAAUACCAUUAACUCUAUGUGUAUUAUCAAUAUCUCUACUCGGUAUCUUUAUUACACUAGCUAAAACUUAUUUCUUCUUGUUCAUUUCUAUUGCAACAAGAUGGACUUUACCGAGAUUGAGAAUGGACCAACUAUUAAAUCUUGGAUGGAAAUUUCUUUUACCUAUAUCUCUAGGCAAUUUAUUAUUAACAACUUCGUCUCAACUUCUUUCACUGUAA